CAGGCGCAGCGAUGUUGGAUGCCUCGGAGGCGACGGGCCACUCCCGACAGCUGCUGCUCCAGCUCAACGCCCAGCGGACCAAGGGCUUCCUCUGCGACGUGAUCCUGGUGGUGCAGAACGCGCUCUUCCGCGCCCACAAGAACGUGCUGGCGGCCAGCAGCGCGUACCUCAAGGCCUUGGUGGUGCACGACAACCUCAUCAACCUGGACCAGGAGAUGGUCAGCCCAGCCGUCUUCCGCGCCGUCCUCGACUUCAUCUACACGGGCCGC